AUGCUUUCUAGUAAUUUUACUAUUUUCUUUUCUUUUGCUAUUCUUAUUCUCUUUAGUAUUUAUUCUGUCUUAACCACUCUCUCUCAUUUUCCUUCUUCUUACUCGUUCUCUCUCACUUUCCUUCUUCUUACUCGUUCUCUCUCAUUUUCCUUCUUCUUACUCGUUCUCUCUCACUUUCCUUCUUCUUACUUGUUCUCUCUCAUUUUCCUUCUUCUUACUCGUUCUCUCUCAUUUUCCUUCUUCUUACUCGUUCUCUCUCACUUUCCUUCUUCUUACUCGUUCUCUCUCACUUUCCUUCUUCUUACUCGUUCUCUCUCACUUUCCUUCUUCUUACUCGUUCUCUCUCACUUUCCUUCUUACUCAUUCUCUCUCAUUUUCCUUCUUCUUGGCCACUCUCUCUCAUUUUCCUUCUUCUUACUCCCUCUCUCUCAUUUUCCUUCUUCUUGGCCACUCUCUCUCAUUUUCCUUCUUCUUGGCCACUCUCUCUCAUUUUCCUUCUUCUUGGCCACUCUCUCUCAUUUUCCUUCUUCUUGGCCACUCUCUCUCAUUUUCCUUCUUCUUGGCCACUCUCUCUCAUUUCCCUUCUUUCUCUUCCCGUCUCAUUGUUCCCUUCUUUUCCUCCCUGUUUCAUUGUUCUCCUCUUCUCAUCCUUCCUGUCUCAUUGUUCCCCUCUUCUCUUCCUUCCCGUCUCAUUGUUCCCCUCUUCUCUUCCUUCCCGUCUCAUUGUUCCCCUCUUCUCUUCCUCCCCGUCUCAUUGUUCCCCUCUUCUCUUCCUCCCCGUCUCAUUGUUCCCCUCUUCUCUUCCUGCCUGUCUUAUUGUUCCACUCUUAUUUCCCUCCCUGCCUCAUUGUCCCUUCUUCUUUCUCACUCUCUUUCCUUUUUAUGUUCUCUCUCUCUUCUUUCUUACUCUUCACUCUCUAUGCCUAUCAUUCUUUUCUUCUUGCUUUCCUUAUCUCCCACACUUUAUCUUUUAUUUGGGAUAUAAAUGAUGAUGAUGAUGUUUCUCUAUUUACCAUAUUUCAUUGA